CACUGUGUUGUGAAAUUAAAUAUACUUUUUUAAUCUUUUUGGUGAGAUAACAUAACAAUAAAAGUUUUAUACUAAACACUGAACAUUUUGUUUAUAAUAAUUCGUUGACUGUGUCGUAUUCCUCGUAUUCUAUUUGAAAGAAGCUAUAAACUUAGUAGUAAUUAAACUUCAAGUGUCAUUGCAAGAUUUAUUAGGUAAUACGUAUUAAUAAAAAUGGACAGCUUUUAUGGAAAUUCAUAUCAAAGCAAUGGAGGCGAAAAAGAUUUUCAGAAAUUGGCUCAAUUGAUUGGCACUAAUAUCCAGAAAAUAUCACAAAAUGUUUCGUCUAUGAAUAGAAUGGUAAACCAAUUAAAUACAGUCCAGGAUGCUACAGAAGUUAGAAAACAAUUGCAUCAAAUAUCACAUUACACUCAACAGCUAUCUAAAGAUACUAGUCAUAAUUUAAAGGAACUGAGUGAAAUUCGAUCAUAUUCUUCUCAAACAGAUCAAAGACAAUUGAAAAUUCAAAAAGAACGUUUAGCCGAAUCGUUUACAUCUGCUUUAAACGCAUUUCAAGCCAUUCAACGCAAAGCAUACGAUAAAGAAAAUGCAGAGCUAAUGAAACGUACAAAAGCAUCUUCUUCUACUGGAAGAUUACCUCCUCCACCUGGUUCUAAAUAUCAAAAUGGUUAUUCAAACCCAAAUGAAAACCAAAAUGAUCAAGCUCAGUUACAAAUUUUGGAUGAGGUAAAUUUACAAGUGGUUGAACAAGAACAAGCUAUAAGACAACUUGAGAAUGACAUAAGUGACGUAAAUCAAAUUUUUAAAGAACUUGGUACUUUAGUUCAUAACCAAGGUGAAAUAAUUGAUAGUAUUGAAGCUAAUGUACAGAUUACUAAUGUAUCAGUUCAAGAAGCAACUGGUCAACUGAGACGAGCAACUGAUUACACUAACAAGCUCAGAAAAAAAAGGUUCUAUUUAUUAGUUAUUUGUGCUGUGAUAUUAAUCAUAAUUACAUUGACUAUUGUUUGGGGUUCUAAAUAAAUGUGUUUGUGUUAGUUAUACUUAAAAUAUUGUAUUUCAGUUAUUCCAUUUUGUUAAUCUAUAUA